AUGACAACGCAAAGCAACCCUCCUCUCUCCACCCCACCGUUCUACACCCACAUCAACAACAUCAACAACCUGCGCCUGGCCACCCACUCUCUCACUACGAAAUCUGGUUCCGCUCUCCGCCCAAACAUCCUCUUCCGCAGCGCCGAAGUAUCGAAGCUAGAUGUCGAUGGCUGGAAAGCUGUACAUCAGUUGGGCGUAGGUCACGUUUUCGAUCUACGUAGUAAGCCCGAAGUCGACAAAGGCUGGGCUGGCAUCAUCGGCAAAGACGCAAAUGGCAAGGAUGACGUCCGACCUGGAUGGAUCCAAGCCAUGGAAGAAGCAGGUGUAAAGCGGACGUGGACACCAGUAUUUGAAGAAAGCGAUUAUAGUCCCGAGAGGUUGGCGGAGCGGUACUCAAAGUACAUGGAUGAACAUGUGCGAGGCUUCGUCGAGGCUUAUGCUGAUAUUUCGACAAACGCUGGCAAGGCUUUUGGCACGAUUCUAAGGUACUUGGCUGGUUUGUCGCCGCAGCAGCUACAAAGCAAUGGCGAGAAGGGGAGAAAACAAGAGAGCUGCGGUGCACUCAUUCAUUGCACGGCAGGCAAAGACCGGACGGGAAUCUUCUUUGGUCUGCUGUUCGACUUCCUCGGUGUACCGCGCGAACAGAUUGCAGAUGAGUACCAACUCACUGAACUGGGGCUUGCAAACAUCCGCGAGGAUGUUGUAGCGAGGCUGAUGAUGAGUCCAGGCUUCAGGAAGUAUAUGGCGGCACAAGCAUCUGGUUCGUCGCUAUCCGCCGAAGACAUUGCAAAGAGCAUACGAGGUGAGGAUGUGGGUGAGGAAAAGACGAUACCGCCGGAGAUCCUGGAAAAGGGACGACAAGCUGGCCUGCGCAUGGUUGGUGCGAGGAAAGAAAGUAUGUUGCGUAGUUUGGAUAUGGUGGAUGAGCGGUUUGGUGGGGCGGAGCGGUAUAUGAGGGAGGUAUGUGGACUCGGUGAUGGGGAGUUGGAGGCGUUGAGGAGAAAUUUGGUGGUUGAGACAUGA